AUGGCUGACAGGCGCUACGAUGAACCAACUUUUGGCAACCCAGGACGCCUUGCCUACGAGCCCGCUGGUGCACGGCAGGCGGAAGAUUGGGGCUGGCUGACGGCAAGAAAUCUCGAUGGGGAUCGCGUACCAAAAUUCAGCCAGGUUGGCUCCCACCACGAGUGGCUUGCUGCAACUCAUGACCCCUCACCAACUUUUGCCAGCGGAUCCUGGCAAGAGAGCCAGAAGCAGAGGAGAUGGCUUCUCAAGAACCACCCGGAAGCUGCUCUGGGGAAUGAUGGGCUAGGAGAGUUGCUAGCUGUCGAGACUGCUCAACCUCGAAGACCACAGGCGUCAUCCUGGGGGCUGGAACAAUUUGCUGUUGGCCAGAUGGCCGAUACCAGCAGCGACGUGAAUAAGUCCGUCGCCGUGCCACUACUGGCGAUGGCGGCCGGUUCUGCUGGCGAUGUACUACGACUGGUGCGUCCCACAGCGAGCCGUUGGCAGGUAGAGAAAUCUGGGACCACAGGACAUGUCGCAGAGUUGCAAGUUCUCGACUCCGUUCGCCAUCAAGAGACCUUGUGGACCAAGGACGUCGGAACAAUACGCCGUAUUCGAGCUGUUGUGAGCACCAGAAGGUUUGAUCCCGUACGCUGGUUGAUAGUGCAGCGCGAUUCCAGCACUGCCGUCUUUCGACCCGAAUACCAGAAAGUCCCAGUGGCAUCGGAGUCCUUCUCUGGAACUGGACCACAAGACCCUUCCCAUAUCGCGCCAAACCUGCUGUUUUCACUGUCAACCAAGCAGACAGGCCUCAACAGUCACUCCGAUGCUGCCUUCAAUCCUGGAGUCAAGUCUAAACCUCCUCAAUUGGCUAUAAUCGACGACGGUGGUAAUUGGAGUAUAUGGGAUGUUGCCGGAACUAGAAAUAGGUCGUAUAAGCGCCCACAAGUCCGUCUUAGCAGAUGUGGAAACAUCCGUGAGGGAGUGCGAGAAAGACUCUCUCGAAGACUUGCAACCGACCCACAGUGGCACAGGAUACUUUGGGUUGGACAUGCUGACCCGGAAGACGACGUUGACGAUUCCGACCAGGAUGAUUCUGCUCACUUCGAAUCGACGUUUUCCCCCCUAGAACGGUCUUCUACAUUGCUUCUUUGCAACCAGAGAUUGCUCAAGCUUUUCGAUCUCGAGACAAACAAUUUCCUGCCUGACCUACGCCUGAUAGCUGAGGGCAGCAAGGACAUCAUUCUCGACGUCCAGGUCGAUCCUCGGGAUGCACGCUACGUCUACAUUCUCACCGCCAAGAGAAUUGUUGUGGCUACAACGUACGCGACGGAAAGCUCAGCUCAUUAUCAGGUGGAAAAGAAAGUGUCGGUUAUUCGGUCUUUUCCUCAUCUUCGGAGCAGAUUCGACCGCCAUUUACAUAUCACGGUCGCGCCCGGUUCCUCAACACCAGCCGGUCGUACUUCUGUCUUACUGCUAUAUUCACGGGAUAGCGGCUGGCAUGACGUUUUCUGUCUGGGCUUCUCCAAGCAAUGGCCAGACAGAGUCUCUUGCUAUCACGAUAAGAUUGUUUCUCAGAAUCCGCUUGCUUCAGAUGGCGUACGAGGAUUGCAGAAGCUGUACCUCGCACCAGUACCCGUUGCCACCUUCGUGGCCUCUGGAAACGCUUCCCGCCGCAAUGACAUCAACUUUUACCAGCUAUUCACCUUUGGAACGGACCUCAGUCUAAGUUAUUGUCUUAGCAUGCGUACGAAUCUACAAUGGCAUCCUGAUUCCCUUUCUCUCCGCAGUGCCAGCAUCUCGGAGCGUCCGGUCGAGGAGGGGUCCAGACGUCUACGAUCGAAGUCAGACAAAUACUCAAGCCAGGAAUUGGAGAGGCAGAGAGCCGUUCGCUACUUGAGCUCCCGUUUCGUCGUUGCGGAUAGCAUCGUAGAGUUCCACAAGAAGGUCGACAAGCCAGCGGUCAAGGCUGCCAAAUCCACUUCCAGGACGCUCAAGCAGCAACGAAUGAUUCGGCCAGUACAUGAGCUAUUUCAAACCAUUCUGCUGAGGCUACAAGCAGAAGAUGGUGACGCUUCCACCGGAAUGGAUAUUUACGGGGUAGCCCCUUUUGAUCCUGUUUUCGUCUCGCUUCAAGAGGCUAUGGAGACAAGAAGCUUGCCGUUAAAACCAAUCUUCGACAUGGUGCAAAACUUUCGGACGCCAAGAGACAUGAAUGAGACCAGCCAGGACUGGCACUCUGAAAUCGAGCAACUUCGCCAUGUCGAUCCGGCAUUGACCAUCGUGUCUCUGUCAACUGUCAGUAGCACUUUGGACACUGCCAACUAUAUUGAAGAUCUCUAUACAUCACUCAGUGGCUCAAUGCUGGGGACUUCUCAUGCAGAGACCGAUUAUACUGGCAUGUCCCGCUAUACUGGCCUAGGGAUGCGUCAAAUCGCAUGUGAGCUCUAUCUUUCGCGGAUCGGUAUCGCCUAUAUCCCAUUGGAGCUCUAUGAGACACCUGGUGCGGACUCACUCGAUAUUCGCUCUUCUCCAACAAUCAUGCCAGAGGAUAUGCUACAAGCCAGCCAGGAAAGCAAUCGAUCUUCUGCGCUGUCUCCGAAUGUCUAUGUUGACAGUCAAGCAAGCAGCCGGGCCUCCACCCCUGCAUCCACUGUUCCCUCUGUUGCAGCGAAGUCAGAGCCUGAAAAUGACUCGGAGGAUAAAUCAAUCGCACUUCUUCGAGCGCUGACUGGGUCUGGCAAAUCAAUAGCAAGAUUGAAUCUGCCUUCGAAAUGGAACGUCGGUGAGGAUAUCUCGAGACACGCGUGGAGCAUCGACCAGAACACCGAGAUCACUCCCGGCAUGCAGAGGAGGGCGAAGCAGGAGGCGCGACAAGCUCGGAAACGCAAGCGAGCCGAGACUCUGCUCCGGUUGCAGCAAGAACACAGUCUGGCCCCUUCCACCCAGCCCGUGUCGGACACUCGCUUCUACACCCAGACAAGCCAACCUAUGAACGACUUCUCUUCGCAGACCCGCAUCAUGUCAUCAGCGCCGCCUGUGACCAUGUCUCAGCCUGUUCCGGGGAUCUUUAGUAGCAGACCCAACCUGGAGAGGCCGAAGAAGAAGCCGAAGCGGAAGGGUGGCUUCUGA